AUGUCAUGCAGUAAGAACCUCCCAGAGGGUGCAGAGGGACACACAACGGACCAGCAUUGGGAACUGAGGAGCGAGGGUCAUGCAGACGGGUUCUUUAUGUCGGCGUGCCAGCUGAGGGAACAGCAACAUCUUCUGGAUGUGACUGUGACUUUAGGCCUAAGGGACUACGAAGCUCACGGCGUCAUCCUUGCCGCCGUCAGCUCUGUCUUCCGGCAACGUUUAGAGCACGGAGAGCAAGGCGCGGUGGAGCUGGAUGGGGUAACCACAGCACACGGCUGGGAAGCCAUUUUGAAUUUCGCCUACACUGGGCAGCUGGAGGUCAUGCCAGAAACAGCCGAGGAGGUGUUAGACGCGGCGGAGGCCCUGGGCGUUCCUCGUGCGGCUGAGAUUUGCAAGGCGAUAUUGAUUGGGACAGAGACGGAGGAGCGGCUCAGUCCGUCUGAAGAGAAAUGGGAGACGCUACGGAACUUGGAGGAGCUGUACAAAGAAGGUGUCGGCUGGGACCUGGCGCUUCAAGCUGAGGCAGAUACCUAUCAAGUUCACCGCCUCGCCUUGGCUUGCGGCUGCGAGUUCUUCCACGCCAUGUUCACCAGCGGCAUGAAGGAAUCCCGACAGGCGGGCACCCCCCUCUGCACCCGCUUUACUUCGGCUGAUCUGGGCCUGGUCGUCUCCUUUGCGUACUCAGGUGUGGUGGCAGGCGGGUGGGACGACCUCUUCGACGCUGCGCAGGCAGCUCUACAAUAUCAGGUCUCAGGCAUCUUGGAACUCUGCCUGGAUUUUUUCCAGUGCAAGCUGUGCCCCGAAUCUAGCUUGGAUGUCCUAUCCUUCGCCCGUGCUUACGGCCUGCACGAGCUGGAAAACACCGUCAAUGACUUCGUAUUAAGGAACUUUGUUCAUGUCUCAGUGACGCCCAAGUUCUUGGACCUCCCAGUCAACCAGCUGGUGGACUUCCUCAGCUCUGAUGCCCUUUACGUCCUCAAUGAGCUAGAGGCCUUCCAAGGAGCCGUCCGCUGGCUGGAUGCUGACCGGGCUGGGCGGAUGAACUGCGCCGAGAAAGUAAUGCGCUGCGUCCGGUUCCCUCUGAUGUCGACUCGGGAGCUUAAGCAAGUGCGGGCGGUAGACAUGAUGGCCGCCCCAGGCCGCCUCUAUAACGUCCUGGUUGAAUCUUUAUCCAGUCUCCCUCCAGGCCCUUCCAAGUUGGAGCAGCUCCCUUGCCGGGUGAGGUACCCCAAGAAGGUGAUUGUCCUCACGGGAGGGGACUGCCUGACAAAGAACAUGGCCACACGCAACCCCACCGAGGACGUCUGGUUCUCCCACCGCUUUGUCAGCGGCAUUGGAUUGGUGAAGCUUAUCGAGUGGCGUCGCCUCGGAGUACUCCCGGACGGGCCACGUUUUCGGCAUGCCGUGGCCGUCAAGGACAAUGUGAUGUACAUCCUUGGUGGGAAACACUACUACGGAAUCAGGGAUACCAUGCGCUCAGUAUUCAAGUUCGAUCCUUUCUGUGGGAGUUGGGAACGUCUAGCCGAUAUGACGAGCUUCCGGAGCUAUUUCCCUGCUGUCUUCCAAGAUGGACUCCUCUAUGCGCUGGGAGGAAGCUCCAGAGAUGCCUACUGCUUGGACUCAGCUGAGUGUUACGAUCCUCGUAACAAUGCUUGGAGGUCAUGUGAGCCUCUGCCUGCUGCCGUCUGUGGCCACGCUGCCUGUGUCCUGGACGGAUCCAUCUACGUCUCUGGGGGCAGCGACGGCUCCUGCCGCUGCCUCUCGGCCCUGAUCCAGUAUUGCCCCGGGGCCCCAUCCAUCCCGCGGGCAUCCAUGAUCGAGGAGCGAGCGGGCCACAUCAUGGAAGCGCUGGACGGGCGCCUGUACGUGGCGGGCGGCCUGCGGUGGCGGGACGGCCACGGCGGUUAUGCCGAUCAGCUGGCCUGCGAGGUGUACAGCACGGGCCAGGAUGUGUGGGUCGCCCUCAGUCCUCUGCCCCAGGCUCACGUCAUCGCCGCUGCCACGUUCCUACAAGGGGAGCUCUACAUCCUGGGAGGCUACAGCCACAAUACCUACCGCGAUACUCACCUGAUCCACUGCUACAACCCGACCCACAACCGCUGGGUCAGUAUAGGGACGCUUCCUCAGGCCUACGCCGACCUCAAGGCUUGCAUUUUGGAAGUCCCUCACUCACUCAGGAAAAAGGAUCUCCCGCUCUCAGAUACCACCAUGUUGGAAAUCUCAGAUGAUCCUUCUGCUGCGUCCGUACACCAACUUUCCUGA